AUGAGUACCUGCACACCUGGAGCGAACGGAAAUAUCCGCAAAGGGGCCGUUUCUGAUGACCUAGAGCAGACCAGUGUAAAGCCUUCGCAACAAGGCAUAAUAGAGACCAACCAUCAUGGAAUUGAUACUAGGGGAAUCCCUAGCUCGAUAAACGAGCUAUACGAUCGGAAAGUGGCCUUGAUGAAUCAAGCUCUCAUUGACAUUGGUAUGGGACCCUUCCACUGGAAGAUCUUUGCAAUGACUGGCUUUGGAUGGUUUGUGGAUAAUUUCUGGAUGCAAGCUAUUACAAUAAUCAGUGCACCAGUCAGAAACGAAUUCUCAGUCGAGCGCAUCGCCUUUCUUACCGUGGCCAAAUACGCAGGCUUGGUUGUCGGAUCAUCGGUUUGGCCUAUCACAGCUGAUUUCAUCGGUCGACGGUUAGCAUUUAAUGUUACACUCUUGAUAUCGGCGGUAGCUGGACUCGUCGGAGCCGGAAGCCCCAACUUCGUGGCCAUUUCGGUCUUCUGCGCCUUCAUAGGCGUCGGAACAGGCGGCAACCAGCCCGUGGAUAGUGCCAUUUUCCUCGAGUACAUACCGGCUACACAUCAAUAUCUUCUCAUUAUGCAGUCGGCAUUUUGGUCGGUUGGUCAGACUAUCGCUGCCUUAGUUGCCUGGCCAUUGAUUGGCAACUUCUCAUGUCCGUCUGACGCGGACGAAUGUCUGUACGCGGAUAAUAUGGGAUGGCGAUAUACGUUCUGGACAUUUGGUGGCCUGACUAUGGUGAUGUUCUUGCUUCGUUUUUGCUUUCGGAUUUACGAGACCCCGAAGUACCUGCUUGGAAAAGGCCUCGACCGCGAGGCGGUUGAUGUUGUCCAGAAGAUAGCUGGUAGAAACGGCGGAUCAACAUGGCUCAAUCUCACGCAUUUUGAGGAGAUAGAUGCGGAGAUCGGGACGCCAGAAAGUUCAACUGUACAACAUUCAAACCAUUACAACAUCAUGGACCGCACCCUGGAGAAGUACAAACCCGAGAAGCUACGCACUCUCUUCUCCACACCCCGUCUAGCGCUCUCAACCUUUCUGCUCAUCUUCCUCUGGUGCUCGAUCGGAAUGGCCUAUCCCCUGUACAACUCGUUCAUUCCGAUAUUUCUUGAAAGCAAGGGUGUCUCACAGGGUGACUCCUCAAUUUCAACGACCUACCGGAACUAUGCCAUCCAAGCCGUUUGUGGCAUCCCUGCCUCGCUCCUCGGCGGGUUAACGGUUGAUCUUAAGCGCAUCGGCCGAAAGGGUACAGGAACACUGGCAUGUCUGGGCACCGGUCUUUUCCUCUUUUUGUUCACGCGCGCCAGCUCCGAAGCCGGGGUUAUCGGAUUCACCUGUGCUGUUGCUUUCUUUCAAAACCUCGUCUACGGCUUGUUGUAUUCGUACACGCCUGAACUGUUUCCCGCGCCGGUGCGUGGGACGGCGAAUGGGCUGGUCGCGUUUUUUAAUCGGCUGAGUGGGCUCAUGGCGCCGAUCAUUGCAGCGUAUAUUGGGAUUGAGACAGACGUGCCCGUGUGGAUAUCUGCAGCGCUGUUUGUUGUUGCGGGGGUGGUGUUUCUGAUUCUUCCUUAUGAGACACGCGGGAAGGCGGCAGCUUAG